GCACAGUGUUCAUCUAUCCUGUGCCUAUAUAAUCUUCAUGAUUACAUAACAUUCUCCCACAGUCUCAUUGCACUUUCUGAGCUAAAUCAUCCUGCUACUUUCUUUGCAAUCUCCAUUUCCCUCUUGGCUUUCAUUUCCAAUUCCUCAGUUUGUGGAGCUAAUGGAGUCUUUUGAAGGCAUGAUUGAUGAUGCAAAGGUGGCAAGGGAUGGAAAGGACGCCAUCAUUGUAUCAGCUUCCAGGAAAGCCCCAAGUAUUGACCAGCCAGGAGAUGAAAGUGCUGGAGUUAGCAUAGAAGAAGGGACACAUAACUCUGAAGCCAAAUUGGAACCGCCAUGUGGGAAAACAACAUGCAAAACAAAGUCAUCAAGUAUCCGAUCCUUGGUUAAUAAAGAGAGUAGUGCUGUGAGCCUUGAUGACAUAGAUUCUGUUCGUAUGGGGACUUCCAGCAAUGGUAUUGGCUCAUCUAUCUUGCGUCCUGAUGUCCCCUUACCUUCAGAUGGCUCAAUUCUACAAAUUAAUAGCGGAAAUUAUCCAACAAGUCAGUCUCAGCCAGCUCAUGAAGAUACAGAAUCAUGCACCUGGAGGAACAUACAAUAUGAACCCACAUUCCCAAUAUGUCUAAAGUUCGAAGAUGUUAAAUAUAAGGUACCAGUUAAAGGCGAAAAAAUCUCAGAUGCAGAGAAGCAUAUACUCCAUGGAAUAAGUGGCUUGGUAUAUCCAGGAGAGGUUCUUGCUCUGAUGGCACCAUCAGGAGGGGGGAAAACAACUCUUCUUCAUGUACUUAGUGGAAGAGUAAAAUUUGACAGUGGUACCAUCACUUACAACGAUCGACCAUAUUCCAAGUCACUGAAGUGGAGGAUUGGUUUUGUACUGCAAGAUGAUAUUACCUUUCCUCAUCUUACAGUCAAGGAAACUCUAACAUAUGCUGCUCUGCUCCGGCUCCCCAAUACCUUCACUAUGCAGCAGAAAAAGGAAAGGGCUAUGAGUGUUAUUAGCGAGCUAGGCCUUGAAAGGUGCCAAAAUACAGUGAUUGGUGGCACAUUUUUUAGAGGAAUUUCUGGCGGUGAGAGAAAAAGGGUCUGCAUUGCCAGUGAAAUCCUCCUUAACCCAUCACUUCUAUUCUUAGAUGAACCAACAUCAGGUCUGGAUUCAACAACUGCGCUACGAAUUGUUCAGAUGCUACAUAACAUUGCACAGUCUGGCACGACAGUAGUGACAACAAUACAUCAGCCAUCUAGUAGACUAUUUAGUAAGUUUGACAAGCUGAUUCUCUUGGGCAAAGGCAGCUCCUUGUACUUUGGAAAAGCCUCAGAAGCAAUGGAAUAUUUCUCCUCAAUUGGUUGUUUUCCACUCAUAGCCAUGAAUCCAGCAGAGUUUCUUAUUGAUUUGGCCAAUGGAAACAUAAAAGACAAAUCGGUUCCAUCAGAUUUCGAGGACAGGUUUCUGCCUAGAAAGAGAAGUCUUGAUAUGAAACAUGGAGGGCCUUCCCAAGUUGAUGUCCAUGAGUAUCUGGUGGAGGCUUAUGCAGAGAGGGUAGAAAAGUUGGAGAAGACAAAGCUCCUACAACCUGUCCUAGUGCUGAGUCUGAGAUGCAGACAAGGUUGAAUUCAAGGGAAUGGGAGCAACUUGGUGGACCAGUUCUCAGUUCUCUUUAAAAGGGGCUUUAAGGAGAGACGCCAUGAAUACUUCAGCUGCAUGCGCGUAACCCAAGUUUAUCUACUGCUAAAUCAUGGGUUACUUUGGUGGCGUUCUGAGCCAUCUCCUAAGGGACUUGAGGAUCAGGCAGGGCUGUUAUUCUUCAUUUCGGUGUUUUGGGCUUUCUUUCCUAUGUUUACUUCCAUUUUCACAUUCCCUCAAGAGAGAGUGAUGCUAGCUUUGGAAAGAUCUGUAGGCAUGUACAGACUCAGUGCCUUUUUUUUGGCCAGAAUGACAACUGAUCUUCCUUUGGAUCUCAUAUUGCCUGCAGCGUUCCUUGUGAUUGUCUAUCUUAUGGCAGGCUUGAAGCCAACAAUUACAGCAUUUUCUCUUACAAUGCUUACAGUUUUCGUAAGUGUAGUUGCAUCGCAGGGUCUUGGCCUUACUAUAGGAGCAGCAUUAAUGGAUGUGAAGAAAGCAGCAACAUUGGCUUCUGUUAUUAUAAUGGCCUCCAUGUUAUCCGGAGGAUUCUUUAUCCAGAAAGUCCCAGCAUUUAUGUCGUGGGUAAGAUACAUCUCCUUUACAUACCACACAUACAGGCUGUUGCUCAAGAUUCACUACGGUUGUGCUGGUUCGGAUACUGGAUCAGGUUCAUGUAUCUCUCCCUUCAAAGGAUUACGACUUGAUUGGGACGCCAAGGAAGUUGGUACUAUGAUAGCUAUAAUAGUAGGAUAUCGGCUACUAGCAUAUGCAUUCUUAAGGAGAAUGAAAUUAAUGACGAUAACUUAGUACAUGUCCUUCAACACUGUUGAUUUAUAGACGUCAGCUUGCUGGUAGCCAAUAAGCAGGAAGAAGUUACUCCCUCUGUUAAAAUCCUCAAUAAGUUGAAAUUGGCCAGCGUUUUAAAAGCAUCGGUUACUUUAAAAGCUGCCCUCUUCCCCCACCCUAAAAUAGGGAGAUUCUUAAGGAAAAUAAAUGUUCUG